AUGUCAGAAGAAAUAAAAAAAAAACCUAAAUUAAUUGUCUUCGAUUUGGAUUAUACACUGUGGCCAUUUUGGGUGGACACACAUGUUACUCCGCCAUUUUCUCGAAAAAAUGGCUCAGUGGUGGACGCCCGAGGGAAAAAAAUAAAAUUCUACGAGCAAGUACCGGAAAUUUUGGAAAAUUUAGUCUCUCAAGGGAUCGAGAUAGGAGUCGCUUCAAGGACUUCGGAAAUUAAAGGAGCGUACCAAUUACUUAAAUUAUUCAACUGGGAAAAGUAUAUCAAGUACACUGAAAUCUAUCCAGGAUGCAAAAUCACGCAUUUUAAUAAGAUUAAAAAAGCCUCGGGGAUGGAUUUUAAAGACAUGAUCUUCUUCGAUGACGAACAUCGGAAUAUUCACGACCUAACUGAAAUUGGCGUUCUUUCUAUUUUAGUAACAGAUGGCGUAACUAAAAGUGUUAUUGAAGAAGGUCUACAUAAAUUUAAUUCCCGUUAG